AUGCCGCCUCCACUUGAAGACUACGUCUUCCCCGAUGAGGUGGGUUUCGUCACUGGUGAUGCCGGCCAGGGUGCUGCUGGCGAGCCUAUGACUGACCUGGACUUCGUAUCUGAUUCAGAGUCUGAUCUGGAGGGGUUCGAAGAAAUUGACGAAGAUGAAGGAACUGGCGAGGAUGAAGACGUUGAUUUGGACGAGGAGGCCACGCCGGCCAUGGACGUCGACGAAGCUGACAACAUUGAAGCUGACGAUAUUGAAGCUGAUGACAUUGAAGCUGAUGAUAUCGAAGCUGACGAUAUCGAAGCGGCUAAGGUAGCCGAGUUUGAUGAGGAACACGAAGAGGACGGCGGGAGCGACGAGGAUGACCUUAUGGAGUUUUGGGUAGAGUCAGACCUUCUGGUUCCGAAACCCGCCCCCAAGAUUCGCGAGGAACCGAAAGGGCCACCUCCGGCGAAGCGGCAAAGGCUUUCAGAGUCUAGUGGGCCAGCUUCAAAACCUCAAGCACCACUGUGUGGUCCUUAUACCCUCUAUGACGAAAGUGGGGUUUGGGCUGGUGAAGUGGUGCCGGAUUCUGGAUGCGCUCUACAACUCUCAAAUCAUAUCCAGGUCGCCGUGCCCGAAACCACCCUGGUCACCCCGGAAUCAGCCUAUCAUGGUUUCAUUCCGCCUGCCCCCGAGAUUAACGCGGAUUCCGGGCCUAAGGACGACGCAUCUUCCGAUCUUGGAGAUGAGUUUGUAGAGAUCAUACUCGAAGACUUUUCCAUCUAUGGUCAGGUGGGAAACUCAGCCAGCGAGCUUCGUCCGCUCCAGUUUUUGAACGCGAAACAGGCACGCUUCGGUCGUCUCUACUUCGACGGGGUGCUCAGCGCCGGAGAGAAGCGGUACUUCGUCCAGAGGGUACCAUUUGAAGAACUUUCUGUCGGAAACUACGGCAUUGAAAACGAUUCAGUCGACGGCGAGAUCUGGAUCCGAUCCCUCAUGAAUGCGAAAACCGCGAAGAAUGUCUACUACCGUCUCGGAAGCCCGUCAAAAUGCUACAAACGCUACUACGUUGUCUUUCAGUGGAUCGCCAACCUCGCCAAGUACGUUGUCGACUACCUCGAGGCCUUGCACUCUGGAGGGCGGCGGGUCGGCAUCAUCGACUUCCGAGAAGACUUUUACAAAUGGACCGCUCUCCGUCACUCCUACUCCCAAGCGUUUCAAAGCUGGUUUGCUGCCUACGGGAAGCAGAAUUUCUGCGUCCCUGUGUCGGCGAACAUUGAGUUCCUGUACAAAGAAACAUGCGGCGUCCUGUCACCAAAGGUCGCGCUUCGCCACCGCCUCUUCCACGAGAUGCUGCUCUUCGACGAAUAUAAGCCCAUGGGGUCAAGCACCGCGAACCCUCAAAAGUAG